UUUAUAAACCUCUGCUGACCGAGUGGGUCCUGAGGCAACCCACAGAGAGAAGUUGUACCAGAAAUGCUGACUGUUUUGCAAUGGAAGAUGGACUCUACAGGGCAGAAUUUGUUUUUCUUUCCCACAGAUGAAACCGACGGCAAAGAAAGGCCUGGGGAAUCAAACAACCUUCACGGAGUUCAUCCUCCUGGGAUUUGGGGACCUCCCUCAACUACAGCCCUUUCUCUUCUUCUUCUUCUUCAUGAUCUACAUGGCGACCCUGGCUGGGAACCUCCUCCUCAUCAUGCUUGUCGUGGCCGACCAGCACCUCCACACCCCCAUGUAUUUCUUCCUGGGGAACCUCUCCUGCUUGGAGACCUGCUACAGCUCCACCAUCCUGCCCCGGCUGCUGGCCAGUCUCCUGAUGGGGGACAGGACUAUUUCUGUUACUGGGUGCAUCACGCAAUUAUAUUUCUUUUGUUGCUUGGCAGGCGUAGAAUGCUGUCUCCUCUCCGUGAUGUCCUAUGACCGGUACCUCGCCAUUUGCAAACCUCUGCACUACACGGCGCUAAUGAACGGCCGGUUGUGCCUCCAGCUAGUGGUUGGGUCGUGGCUCGGUGGCUUUGUGUCUGUGUCCUUCUUAAUACCUGUGUCACAAUUAACAUUCUGUGGGCCAAAUGAAAUUGACCAUUUCUUUUGUGAUUUCAGUCCAAUCAUUGAAGUAUCCUGCAGUGACACUCACUGGCUGGAGGUUGUGGCUUUUGUACAUUCGUCCGUGUUCACAUUCCCUCCAUUUCUCUUGACUCUGGCGUCCUACGUGUGUAUCAUCGCCACCAUCCUGCGGAUUCCAUCCACCAGCAGGAGGCAAAAGGCCUUUUCCACCUGUUCCUCCCACCUCAUCGUGGUGACCCUUUUCUAUGGGUCCCUGGUCAUUGUCUAUCUCCUCUCGGACUCUGAUGUGCUGAGGGAUUUACACAAAGUGUGCUCUGUUUUUUAUGCGGUCCUGACCCCCCUGAUCAACCCGCUGAUCUACAGCCUCAGAAACAAGGAGGUAAAGGAAGCCUUGAGAAAAGCUCUUCUUCGAUUUUUCACCUUUUAA